UUAGUGAUGAUGGGCCAGAUGAUAGCGUAAUGACUGCCCAUCUUCUUUAACUUCUCUGGACCAGAUUUUCACAUGCGUCUCUUUCGUACCAAACGACGACGUCGUGCGAUACCAUCCGUCGUCUACUGCUACUUGAAGUUCUUGGAUCAUAGGGAAAAAAAAAAAAAAGGAAACCUCCGGUGAAGGACCAUGCACUGUCACGUGAUAUUUCCACUCCGCCUUGAACGACGUCCCUCCCUUUCAAUCCAAUUUAAGCUAUAGAUCUUCACGGUUAUCCAGUGAGCGCGUCCGUUUCCUAUCAUUUACCUCUACAAAUUUAAUCCAUUUCUUUUUUCCUGCUUAAUCUAUACGUACUUCGCUUCUUCAAACGGUUAAAUAAUGUAGACCUGCAAAAUUUCUUAGUCCCAAUGGCUACUCUCUCCUUUUCUGUCCUCAAACCAAACCCUUCGUUUCCUUCUAAAAGCUUCUCUUCCCUUCCAAUCCUCUGCACCACACUCUCCGAUUCCUCCGCGCAACCGUCUCCCGCCACAUCCGAAGCCACCGGUUCCACUUCCGUGACCGUCGAAACCGCCUCUAGCGAAAAUCACGCGAACUCAACCGCAUUCGUUGUCCGCGGACGUAACCGUAUCGGUCUCCUUCAAGUCAUCACGCGCGUUUUCGAUGUCCUCGGCCUACGCGUUGACAAAGCCACGAUAAACUUCGAGGGAGACUAUUUUAUCAAAACGUUCUUCGUAACCGAUUCUCGCGGUAACGAGAUCGUCGAUGAGGAGAGGAUCGAUGGUGACGAUGACGCCGCCGUUUCUGUGCCGUCGGCCGCGAGAGGGAUCGUGGUUAGGUAACCUCGGCUCGGUUUUGGGGAGAGGAAGGCGAAAGCUGAGAGGAUGUUUGGAUUGAUAGAUGGUUUCUUAAAGAACGAUCCAAUUAGCUUGCAGAAGGACACUUUACAUCACGUUGAGUGCACGAUGACGCGAUCACGGUUUCGUUUCGAUGAUUUUGAAGCUUAUCAGUUUUUAGCACAUAGUGUACGAGAUCGGUUGAUUGAACGUUGGCAUGAUACUCAGAUGUAUUUCAAGAGGAAAGACCCAAAGCGAAUUUACUUCCUUUCACUGGAGUUUCUUAUGGUGUAAUGUUUAAUUUCUGGCUGUUCAUUGUCCAAUAGUAUCAUCAACCGUGGAAUCCGGGACCAGUAUGCAGAUGCUUUAAGCCAGCUUGUUUUUGAGUUUGAGGUUUUAGCAGAGCAGGUCAGCUUAACAUUUUACUUGUUGCAGUCCUUGAUUGUCCUAAUCAUAGAUUAUUAUAAUUCAGCAGAUCAUGAUUUUACAGACAAGCAAUUGUUUGAUUGUGAAAAGAAUAUCAAUCCUUUGCACGACUUCUAUGAGCUGUGGCCUCACAAAUUUCAGUACAAGACAAAUGGAGUAACCCAGCGUCGCUGGAUUGUUGUGAGCAAUCCUGGUUUAUGUGCUCUUAUCUCAAAAUGGCUUGGAACAGCAGCUUGGAUCCGUGAUGUUGACCUUUUAACAGGCUUGAGAGACCAUGCAGCUAAUGGCAAAUUGCAUCAAGAAUGGAAUAUGGCACUUUCUAUCUUAGUUAAGAAGGUCAACAAAAUAAGGCUUGCUGAGUACAUUGAAGCAAUGAGUGGCUUGAAGGUCAGCUUGGAUGCAAUGUUUGACGUGCAGACGAAGCGAAUACAUGAAAACAAACUGCAGCUGCUUAAUAUACUUGGCAUUAUCCAUAGAUAUGACUGUAUCAAGAAUAUGGACAAGAAAGAUUGGCUAAAAGUUGUACCACGUGUCUGCAUAAUUGGAGGAAAAGCUGCUCCAGGUUAUGAAACUGCAAAGAAGAUUAUCAAACUUUGUCAUGCUGUGGCUGAAAAAAUCAACAAUAAUAGUGAUAUCGGAGAUCUUUUAAAGUUGGUUUUUAUCCCUGAUUACAAUGUUUCUGUUGCUGAGUUGGUAAUCCCAGGGGCUGACCUUUCUCAAUACAUAAGCACUGCAGGACAUGAGGUAUCGGGAACUAGCAGCAUGAAAUUUCUGAUGAAUGGAUGGUUACUUCUAGCUACAGAAGAUGGGUCUACUGUUAAAAUUAUUGAAGAAAUAGGGGACGACAACAUGUUUUUAUUUGGUGCAGAAGUGCAUGAAGUUCCUGCAUUGCGCGAGAAAGGACCUUGUCUUGAAGUUCCCCCGCAAUUUUCACGUGUUGUAAGGAUGGUUCGUGAUGGUUAUUUUGGCUUUAAAGACUAUUUCAAAUCAUUGUGUGACGAUAUAGAGGGCGGCCACGACUAUUAUCUCUUCGGCGCUGAUUUUAAGAGCUAUUUAGAGGCUCAGGCAGCUGCUGACAAAGCGUUUGUUGAUCAAGAGAGAUGGACUCAAAUGAGUAUACUCAGUACCGCUGGCUCUGGGAGAUUUAGCAGUGAUAGAACGAUUGAAAAGUAUGCUGAAAAGACUUCGGCAAUUCAACCCAGCAGAUGCCCCUUUUGAGAAGCGACAUCGCCAAUGCACUGUUUGUGUUAAUUAUAUACAAGACCCGUUUCGGGUUUUAAAUUAUCUACGUGUAUAGUAAUUUAGUACUACUCUAUUUGAUAGACAUGUUUCCCUAUAAUAAUUAACAGAAAUAUUUUAGGUGGAGAUUUUUGCCCUUUUUUUUUUUUUCUCUUCUGGAGAUCAUUUUUAUCUGUUGUCGCAUCCCGACCUCUUGGAUAUGACGUCAUACUUAGUGGUCAGUUGAACUUUAUUUUUACCGGGGAUAAUUUGAAGAAAA